UACAAUUGGGUAGGGAGAGAGAGAGUACAAGAGAGUAAAAAGAAAGAUCGAUAUGGAGAUAAAAACAGGGAGAGAGAUGAAGGACGAAGAGGAGGAGGAGGAGGAGCCGCUGAGUCCGGCGGCGCGUUUCUUCCACGCGCCGGAGUUCAACUGUUACAUAAUCUCCAUGAUGGGCUGCAAGAUCAGGAUCGACGUUGAUGUCAUCAUCCAAGGCUUGAAGCAGACUUUGAUCAGACACCCCCGUUUCUCCAGCAAAUUGGUGGUGGACGGGAACAAGACACAAAAGCACAGAUGGGUACGGACGGAAGUGAACGUAGAAGAUCAUGUCAUCGUUCCAGACAUCACACCAGACAACAUAGAGAACCCAAACGAGUUUCUUGAGAACUACGUCUCGAAUCUCACUACGGUUCCUCUGGACAUCUCAAGACCGUUAUGGCAGCUUCACAUCCUCGAUAUAAAGACCGAAGAAGCAGAAAGCUUCGGUGUUUUCAAGAUCCACCACUCCAUCGGAGACGGCAUGUCUCUCAUGUCUCUUAUCCUCGCUUGCACCCGCAAAACCUCCGACCCGGAUGAAAUCCCGAGCCUUCCCUUUCGAAACCGGUUUAAAUCCCGGUUUACCGGUUUGAGGAGGGAACAUCGGUUCUGGUGGUUCGUUUCGGUUAUGUGGUCUGUGAUUCUGUUGGUUCUGAACACCAUUCGUGAUGUUUUGGAGUUUAUUGCCACAGCAUUGUUCCUUAAAGAUACAGAAACUCCGAUUAAAGGCCGGAGAGGAGGGUUAACUGAGAAUAAAAGGAGACGGUUGGUCCAUCGAACCGUCAGCUUGGACGAUAUAAAGCUAAUCAAGAACGCAUUGAAGAUGACUGUCAAUGAUGUAGUACUUGGUGUAACCCAAGCCGGUCUCUCGCGGUAUUUAAAUCGAAAAUACGGCGAAACGGAGACAAAAGAAGAAGCAAAAGAUUGCAAUCAAGAUAACCUACCGAAAAGAAUACGGCUAAGGGCUGCGAUUCUCGUAAACAUAAGGCCGAACACAGGAAUUCAGGAUCUAGCCGACAUGAUGUCCAAAGGAUCCAAGUGUAGAUGGGGAAACUGGAUCGGAUACGUUGUCGUGCCGUUCUAUAUCGCUAUGUGUAGUGACCCGUUGGAACAUCGGAAGAAGCAUUCUCUCGAGGCCUUCUUGACGUUUACCGUUGGGCAGUUCUUUCUUGAAACGAUUGGAGUUAAGGCAGCAGCUGAUAUAAUGAGCAGAACAAUGUCGAACACCACUAUGUCGUUUUCGAACAUGAUGGGCCCAGUCGAAGAAAUAAGUUUCUACGGACAUCCAAUGGCGUAUUUGGCUCCAAGUGUUUAUGGUCACCCACACGCGUUGACGAUGCAUUUCCAGAGCUACCUGGACAAGAUGACAAUAUCUCUAACGGUUGAUCCGACGGUCAUAACUGAUCCUCAUCGUCUGUGUGACGACUUGGAGGAAUCUCUCCGAAGCUUCAAAGCCGCUGUCGUAGAGAGAGGGUUCGUCCAAUAAGUUGGCAAAAGCGUCCAAUGGCAAUGCCCCUUGGAAGCAUAUGAAUCCAAUGUCAAUAUUUUACCAGUUGGGUUUAUAAUAUGGUUGAGUCCAUGUAAUUUAACUGUCAGUGUUACCUAUUAUGUUGUAUGGUAAUAAUUUAAAAUUUCAUAAGAGGUACCAUGUAAUUGAAUUGUUGCAUUGUUACUAAAUUACAAGGAAUAUAAUUAAGUGUGGGAAAUGUCA